AUGUUUGAUGAAGGGGCUAAACAUUUAACCACGGUGAAAGACUUGUUGCUUCAAAUGUUAGGACAUAAACAUGAACUGACCAUGAAAGCCAUGCUAGGUUUAGCAAAGCCUCUGUGGGGACUAGGCCGACUUCGUGAAGCUAUCGAGCUGCAAACUACUGUCGAAGAGGCUCGGAAACAACAAUGGACGAACUUGGGAGAUCUCAUUGGCUACACGGACAAUACCAAGAAGCUUUGGGUCUGGCACAGCAGACCACAGACCAAAAUGAAAGAAAUCUCGAAACCAGAGGAUGAUCGCUUGCUGGCUGCUCUGGACAAUCUUGGAGUGGCGCUUGGUUCAUGGCACAAAUUCAAAGAGAGCCUCGACAUUCAUAAGAAAUUACGCAAACUCCGCGAGGAUAAACAUGAUCCUAAAAACCUCAACACACUCGCUUCUAUGAUGAACGAAGCAAUGGCUCAUUUGGGCAUCAAGCAUUUUGACGAAGCGCAAGCUCUCAUGGACCAAGUCUAUCAGGAGCGAAAGGACCAACUUGGCAAAGAACAUCCUUGGACAUUGUGGACGCUAUGCUAUCUAGCGAAGAUCAAGGUCAAAAUUGGGGAAGUAGAUGAGGCAGAGAAGAUGUUAGACGAGGGAAUAGCAGCGGGUAAGCGAAGUCUGCACGAGAACCAUCUGGGCGUUCUCAUGGGCAAUGGUGAACUUGCCCGUGUCUAUUCUCGCCAAGGUCGACUCGACGAUGCGGUAAAGCUCCUUUCCGACACAAUACGGCGUCUGGAAGAAUCCAGAGGACUCGAGCAUCCCGAUACGUUCUACUCCCUGUGA